AUGUCUGAGACUGGUGGUGAUUACGAGUCACAUAUGUCGCUUGGCCCACCUCCACGUGUAUUUCCGGGUCCUCCGUUUCGACCGCCACCCCCGUCGCUACAUCUUCCCCCGCCACGACUACCACCACCUCGUAUGCCGCCAAAUGUUCGAGGUCCACCUCCAGUCGGUUUGCCACCACCACAGAUUCCGCCGCCGAUCACCUCACAGUUGCCGCCUCCUAUCAAGGCGCAGUCUUCGCAUCCAAUGACUUCACAGAUACCUCCACCUAUCACUACGCAGAUGCCCCCUCCUAUGGUAUCGCAGAUGCCUCCGCAGGGUCCGCCUCCUAUGACCUCGCAGGUAUCACCAAUGAUGGGAGGUCAAGGACCACACGCGAAGGGUUUGCCACCAAUGACAGGUCGCCUGCCUCCGCCGAUGAUGGGAUCUCAAAUGCCGCCACCUAUGACGUCACAAAUGCCGCCACCUAUGUCUGGGCAAAUGGUGCCACAGAUGCCACCUCCGGUGUCGUCACAGUUACCGAUGACGUCCAGUGGACAAAUGAUGCCUCCCCAGAUGCCGCCACCUCUAAGCGCAUUACGUGGACCACCGCCCAGAAUUCCGAUUGCUGGUCUUCAAGGCCAGAGUCCACUCCGACCCCCGAAUAUAUUUGACGGAAAUGCUGAUGGCCAUAGUGUGCCCAGUUCGUCCGCUGGACAAAUGGCGAUGUCGCCUUCGGCUCAAAGCCUCGGGCAGCAUUUUUCCCAAGAUACAUCUUCCGGCAUGCAGAACAUGACUGUGUCACAGCAGCAGCCUCCUGUGCAACAACAGCAA